GAGCCCGGCCAGCAGCGCAGAGGUUGCGGUACCAGUGGUCGCGGAGCUGGCCCUGGGGGGCCCCGGGGGGGAGGGGGAUUCGCAAAGCCCCCAUUGAGGCCGCCGCUGCCGGGCCUCCCCUCCCCCCCCGGGCAGGCGCCAUGCCGGGGGGUCCAGGCGACGCGGAGCGGCAGCAGCGCUGGGGUCGCCUGUUCGAGGAGCUGGACAGUAACAAGGAUGGCCGCGUGGACGUGCACGAGUUACGCCAGGGACUUGCCCGGCUGGGUGGGGGCGACCCAGAUCGCGGAGCCCAACAGGGCAUCUCUCCUGAGGGUGCCACAGAUCCAGAUGGAGGGCUCAGCCUGGAGGAAUUCAGCCGGUACCUGCAGGAGCGGGAGCAGCGCCUGCUGCUGAUGUUCCAUAGCCUUGACCGCAACCAGGAUGGUCAUAUCGAUGUCUCUGAGAUCCAGCAGAGCUUCCGAGCUCUGGGCAUUUCCAUAUCAUUGCAACAGGCAGAGAAAAUUCUACACAGCAUGGACAGAGAUGGAACAAUGACCAUCGACUGGCAGGAAUGGCGCGACCACUUCCUGCUGCAUUCCUUGGAAAACGUGGAGGAUGUGCUGUAUUUCUGGAAGCAUUCCACGGUCCUGGACAUUGGUGAGUGCCUGACAGUGCCCGAUGAGUUCUCCAGGCAGGAGAAGCUGACAGGCGUGUGGUGGAAGCAACUGGUGGCUGGUGCUGUGGCCGGCGCAGUGUCACGGACAGGCACAGCACCUCUGGACCGCCUCAAGGUCUUCAUGCAGGUCCACGCCUCAAAGACCAACCGAUUCAACAUCCUGGGCGGCCUACGGAGCAUGAUCCAAGAGGGAGGCUUCCUGGCUCUGUGGCGGGGCAAUGGUAUCAACGUGCUCAAGAUUGCCCCCGAGUCUGCCGUCAAGUUCAUGGCCUAUGAGCAGAUCAAGUGGGCCAUCCGGGGGCAGCAGGAGACGCUGCACGUGCAGGAACGCUUUGUGGCUGGCUCCCUGGCUGGCGCCACAGCCCAAACCAUCAUUUACCCCAUGGAGGUGCUGAAGACCAGGCUGACCCUGCGUCGGACCGGCCAGUACAAGGGGCUGCUAGACUGUGCCAGGCGGAUCCUGGAGCAGGAAGGACCCCGCGCCUUCUACCGCGGCUACCUGCCCAAUGUGCUGGGUAUCAUCCCCUAUGCAGGCAUCGACCUGGCCGUCUAUGAGACCCUGAAGAACCGGUGGCUCCAGCAAUAUAGCCAUGAGUCUGCAAACCCAGGAAUCCUUGUGCUCCUGGCCUGUGGCACCAUCUCCAGCACCUGUGGCCAGAUUGCCAGCUACCCACUGGCCCUGGUCCGGACCCGAAUGCAGGCCCAAGCCUCCAUCGAGGGUGCCCCGCAGCUCUCCAUGAUGGGUCUGCUUCGCCACAUCCUGUCCCAGGAGGGCGUGCUGGGCCUGUACCGGGGCAUUGCCCCCAAUUUCAUGAAGGUCAUUCCGGCCGUGAGCAUCUCCUAUGUGGUCUACGAGAACAUGAAGCAGGCUCUGGGGGUCACAUCAAGCCCCAGCACCUCAUCACCCAGACCUCUCAGUUACCGGUCUGCAGGCUGGGCAGCGCUGGGUCCCGGAUCCCCAGCCUCACUUGCAACCAGAUGGCCAUGCCUGGCACCUGGCCUCUCCAAGCUCAGCCACUGGAUUCUGGAUAUCAAGAAACCUCAGCCUCUGGAUCCUGACGGUGCAAUGCCUGGAUCCUGGGGGCCCGCCACUGGGUCCCAUCUCCCCUACUACUGGAUUCCUGGGUUCACUUACCUUGACUGGGUCCCAGGUCCUUCUGCUCUGACUGCCGGAUUCCUACACACAAGCCCUGUGUCCACCCCUCCACUGACACCGUCACUGAAUCCCAGGUUCCCAAUUCCCACCCCUCUGGAUUCUGGCUCCCAGAACCACAAAUGAGCGAGCUCGGGACUCCGCGGCUGCAGCUGCAGGAUCCCAGGUUCCUUCAUCCCAGUCAUGGAUGCUGAAACCUAGUCCACAGAACACAGACCCUGUUCCAAACAGGCCCUGGGUACCACCAUCCUUAACGCUCAGAAACCCAGUCUGAGUCCUAACAACCCAGGUACAGCCUCCCUGGUACCACACACCCCCAUCCCAAACCAGCCCUGGAGCCUGCUCCCCACGGAGCCACAAGACGCAGGGUGCCCUGCGGGAAGCCCAGCCAUGGCCGACUCCAGACAACCUGGUCUGUCCGGGGGGGGGCCGUGAUGUGGCCCACCACCACCACCACAAAGCAAGGGGAGGGCUGUGUGACCCAAGGCCCAGAAUGCUGGGUUCCCCCCACCCACCUCAGCAUGGCCACACACCUCCCGGCCCCGCCUUGCGGGGAAGCUGCCCCUCCCCCACCUACACACACGCACAAGCCCCUCUGGGUGGGAGGUGGCAAAGAGGCAGUCUUAGUCCAGGACAUACUAAGGGGACCCCCGCCCCUGCACUGCCAGUCCCUCCCGAGCUUCAGAGAUUUACAAGCCAGGAACAAAUCUACAUAGAACACCCUUCCCAGUUACGCAAAACAGACAUCCCAAAACUCACUCGGGGGUCUAUUUUUCUACCAGAGAGAGCAGCAAAGCCCCGCCCCACCAACCCACUCCCCCACGUCCAUACUUUCUGCACUUUAUACUGAGCUUAGGAAAACUGGGGGUCCCCUCUCUUUACUCCCCAGUCUUUGGGGGUCCCCAGUAAGAGUGAAAGAAGAACUGAGAUGUUGGGGGCUGGAGGACACCUCCAUGGCUUCCCCUCCCCCACCGACACCAUGCCCCACCUCUCUCUGCCUGUGUGUAUUAUUUCAAAGGAAAUGACGAACAGAAUAAAUUUUCC